GGACCUAUCCUGGUGAUCUCUCCGGCCAGUGUGCAGGACGCAAGACACUAUAGAGAAACAGGAUCGCAAUGCAUUGGUGGCAAUAGCAUGGAUGCGUUGCCCACUUGAACUUCUCACACAAAGGGAGAAGAUAGGGAAUACAGGAGAUCAGCAUCUUGAAAGGGGUUGUUUGUCUGCCGCGAAAUGAUUCUGCGGCAGUGCAGGGAUGCUGUCCAGGCGUGCAGCUCUAUGGCAACAAGGCUCGCCCCAGGCGCAGCCUUUUCUACUCGGGAGUAUGCUACAGCGGACCUUGCUCAGUUUGCUGUGAAGAACAAAGGGCUCAAAGCUGGCCCUGGUGGCAGAUCCUCGAUCAGCGGGGUGACAGCGACAGUGUUUGGGUGUUCUGGGUUCCUGGGCCGCUACAUUGUAAAUGCCCUGGCGAGGCAGGGGACCCAGGUGGUUGUGCCCUACCGCCGUGACGAAUUGGACGUCCAGUAUCUUCGGCAGAUGGGAGACCUUGGACAGAUAUACCAAUGGAAGGAUUUCAACAUCCGGGACGACUCGCACAUAAAGGAUGCCAUCAAGCGCUCGAAUGUGAUCAUCAACCUGACCGGCCUGGACAAGGAGACCUGGAACUUCAGCUUCGAGGACGUGCACAUCGACGCGGCGACGCGCAUCGCCCAGGCAGCUGCUGACAACCCCCUGACUGAGCGCUUUGUGCAAUUCAGCUGCAUUGGCGCCUCUGAAAACGCAGCCUCCAGACGGCUGCGCACAAAGGCGGCUGGGGAUGCGGCGGUGCGGUCGAUUCUGCCGUACGCGACGGUCUUCAAGCCGGGCCAUGUGGUGGGCACAGAGGAUCGGAUGUACAACAUCUAUGCGACCAUGGCAAAGCAGGUCCCCUUCAUCCCUCUGGUGGGCGGCGGCGAGACAAAGCUGCAGCCCACUUAUGUGCGCGAUGUGGCCGACGCAGUGAUCCACUCCCUGAAGACCAAGGAGGCCCUGGGCAAGGAGUACUUCCUGGCCGGGCCUGAAGUCCUCACGGUGAAGCAGAUUGUGGAAUUGGUGUACACGACCAUCCGGGAGCCCAUCAGCACUUUCAACCUGCCCCUGCCAGUGGCCAGGUUGCUGGCGGUCCCGCGCGAGAAGCUUUUCAAAAUGUUCCCGAUCCCUGUGAACACCAUGUUCACUGCGGACUACAUUGAGGAGAUGACACAGGACCACGUGCUGCCUCCCAAUGUGCUGACCUAUGCUGACCUGGAGGUGGUGCCCAAGAAGGUGACAGAAGGGUUCCCCAUCGAGCACCUUCGGCACUACCGCGUCGGUGGCUAUGAUGUUGGCACAACUUCUGGCACAGCCACUACCGGCGGUGCUGGGUAUACCGGAUAGCUCUUGUUGAGGGGAUUGCACUGCUCCUAACGAUGCUGGAUUCGUGAUAGUGUCUAGGCCAUGGUGGCGCAUGCUAGGUGCCUCAGGCGGUUGGUUGCUGAGCAAACGAUGAGGUGUAAUCUUGCAUGGAGCU